AUGUCUCAAACGAUAUCUCAAACGCUGUCCACAACCGCACCGUUAAUGUCGGCCCAACUCAUAGCGGGUCCGACACAAGUCACCAUUAAUAACGGGUCCGUGUCUUCAGCGGUGCCCAACCUCUUGAGCCAAACGCUGGCCAAUCAAAGCGCACCGCAAAUGACUCUUCAGACACAGACCUCGUCCACAGCCGCCACACCUCAGCCCACGAGUCAGCCAUCGGUGACCUCUGCGGACACUGAGGCCAACACAACGGCCCAAACCAUUGCCACCGCAUUAUCGCAAGAGUCGGCCAACUCUGCCAUCACUACCUCAUCGUCGGCGUCGGCGGCCAUCAAGAAUCCAGUGGUUAUAUUAGACAAAACAAGACUCCAAGAGUUGGUCCAAGAGGUGGACCCAAACGAGCAGUUGGAGGACGACGUGGAGGACAUGUUGCUGACCAUCGCCGACGAGUUCAUCGAGUCGUUGGUCUACACGUCCACACUGUUUGCCAAACACCGCAAAUCGACGACUUUGGACGUACGGGACGUGCAGUUGGCUCUCGAGAAGAACUGGAAGAUGUGGGUCCCGGGCUUUGGCACCACUGAUGACACCAAUAGACAGCACAAGAAGUCGUUCACCACUGAAGCGCAUAAACAACGCAUGGCUUUGAUUAAGAAGACAAUCAAAAAGUUUUGA